GUAUUUGGCACUGUGAAGGGUUAGAGGCCUUGCAGUGGAGCUUCCAGCUUUCUUAUCAUGCAUUGUAAUAUUUCCUAUGUUCUGGUACUGUGUGCUCUGCUCCAUCCAGGUAAACCACAAUGCAGUGUGGACAUCACAGAGCGUGAAGAUUGUGGUUAUCUCGGGAUAAGCGCUGAUGAAUGCUAUUCCAGAGGAUGCUGCUUUAAUUCAAGUGUUCCAGGGGUUAAAUGGUGUUUUUACCCCAAAAGCACAGGAAGUGACAAAAAACAAUGUAAUGUGGAACCGUACAGCAGAAGGGAUUGUGGCUUCCCCACAAUAAGUGCUGCAGAAUGUAAGAAGAGGAAUUGUUGCUAUGACUCCAGCAUUCCUGGGGUUAACUGGUGUUUCUUCUCAAAGUCACAAGAUAAACAGCAAUGUAGUGUGGACACCACAGAGCGUGAAGAUUGCGGUUAUCCCGGGAUAAGUGAUAAGGAAUGCUAUUCCAGAGGCUGCUGCUUUAAUUCAAGUGUUCCAGGAAUUAAAUGGUGUUUUUACCCUAAAAGCAAAGGAAAUGACAAACAAUGUAACGUGGAACCGUACAGCAGAAGGGAUUGUGGCUACCCCACAAUAAGUGCUGCACAAUGUAAGAAGAGGAAUUGUUGCUUCGACUCCGGCAUUCCUGGGGUUAACUGGUGUUUCUUCUCCAAGUCACAAGAUAAACAGCAAUGCAGUGUGGAAAUCACAGAGCGUGAAGAUUGCGGUUAUCCCGGGAUAAGUGCUAAGGAAUGCUAUUCCAGAGGCUGCUGCUUUAAUUCAAGUGUUCCCGGGGUUAAAUGGUGCUUUUACCCCAAAAGCACAGACAAAAAGCAAUGUAGCGUUGACAUCAAAGAGCGAGAGGAUUGCGGAUUUCCCGGGAUAAAAGCUAAGGAAUGCUAUUCCAGAGGCUGCUGCUUUAAUUCAAGUGUUCCAGGGAUUAAAUGGUGUUUUUACCCCAAAAGCACAGGAAAUGACAAACAAUGUAACGUGGAACCGUACAACAGAAGGGAUUGCGGCUACCCCACAAUAAGUGCUGCAGAAUGUAAGGAGAGGAAUUGUUGCUUCGACUCCAGCAUUCCCGGGGUUAACUGGUGUUUCUUCUCCAAGUCACAAGAUAAACAGCAAUGCAGUGUGGACAUCACAGAGCGUGAAGAUUGCGGUUAUCCCGGGAUAAGUGCUAAGGAAUGCUAUUCCAGAGGCUGCUGCUUUAAUUCAAGUGUUCCUGGGGUUAAAUGGUGUUUUUACCCCAAAAGCACAGCAAGUGACGUGAAACAAUGUAACGUGGAACCGUACAGCAGAAGGGAUUGCGGCUACCCCACAAUAAGUGCUGCGGAAUGUAAGAAGAGGAAUUGUUGCUUUGACUCCAGCAUUCCUGGGGUUAACUGGUGUUUCUUCUCCAAGUCACAAGAUAAACAGCAAUGUAGUGUGGACAUCACAGAGCGUGAAGAUUGUGGAUUUCCCGGGAUAAGUGAUAAGGAAUGCUAUUCCAGAGGCUGCUGCUUUAAUUCAAGUGUUCCCGGGGUUAAAUGGUGUUUUUACCCCAAAAGCACAGCAAGUGACCUGAAACAAUGUAACGUGGAACCGUACAGCAGAAGGGAUUGCGGCUACCCCACAAUAAGUGCUGCGGAAUGUAAGAAGAGGAAUUGUUGCUUCGACUCCAGCAUUCCCGGGGUUAACUGGUGUUUCUUCUCCAAGUCACAAGAUAAAUGGCAAUGUAGUGUGGACAUCACAGAGCGUGAAGAUUGCGGUUUUCCCGGGAUAAGCGCUAAGGAAUGCUAUUCCAGAGGCUGCUGCUUUAAUUCAAGUGUUCCCGGGGUUAAAUGGUGUUUUUCUCCCAAAAGCACAGCAAGUGACAGACAAUGUAACGUGGAACCGUACAACAGAAGGGAUUGUGGCUACCCCACAAUAAGUGCUGUGGAAUGUAAGAAGAGGAAUUGUUGCUUUGACUCCAGCAUUCCUGGGGUUAACUGGUGUUUCUUCUCCAAGUCACAAGAUAAACAGCAAUGUAGUGUGGACAUCACAGAGCGUGAAGAUUGCGGUUAUCCCGGGAUAAGUGAUAAGGAAUGCUAUUCCAGAGGCUGCUGCUUUAAUUCAAAGGUUCCUGGGGUUAAAUGGUGUUUUUACCCCAAAAGCACAGCAAGUGACAAGAAAAAAUGUAACGUGGAACCGUACAACAGAAGGGAUUGCGGCUACCCCACAAUAAGUGCUGCGGAAUGUAAGGAGAGGAAUUGUUGCUUUGACUCCAGCAUUCCCGGGGUUAACUGGUGUUUCUUCUCCAAGUCACAAGAUAAACAGCAAUGUAGUGUGGACAUCACAGAGCGUGAAGAUUGCGGUUAUCCCGGGAUAAGUGAUAAGGAAUGCUAUUCCAGAGGCUGCUGCUUUAAUUCAAGUGUUCCCGGGGUUAAAUGGUGCUUUUACCCCAAAACCACAGAUAAAAAGCAAUGUAGUGUGGACAUCACAGAGCGUGAAGAUUGCGGAUUUCCCAGGAUAAACGCUACGGAAUGCUAUUCCAGAGGCUGCUGCUUUAAUUCAAGUGUUCCCGGGGGUAAAUGGUGUUUUUACCCCAAAAGCACAGCAAGUGACAAGAAACAAUGUAUCGUGGAACCGUACAGCAGAAGGGAUUGCGGCUACCCCACAAUAAGUGCUGCAGAAUGUAAGGAGAGGAAUUGUUGCUUUGACUCCAGCAUUCCCGGGGUUAACUGGUGUUUCUUCUCCAAGUCACAAGAUAAACAGCAAUGUAGUGUGGACAUCACAGAGCGGGAAGAUUGCGGAUUUCCUGGGAUAAGUGAUAAGGAAUGCUAUUCCAGAGGCUGCUGCUUUAAUUCAAGUGUUCCCGGGGUUAAAUGGUGUUUUUACCCCAAAAGCACAGGUAAACAGCAAUGUAGUGUGGACAUCACAGAGCGUGUAGAUUGUGGAUUUCCCGGGUUAAGCGCUAAGGAAUGCUAUUCCAGAGGCUGCUGCUUUAAUUCAAGUGUUCCAGGGGUUAAAUGGUGUUUUUACCCCAAAAGCACAGCAAGUGACCUGAAACAAUGUAACGUGGAACCAUACAACAGAAGGGAUUGCGGCUACCCCACAAUAAGUGCUGCAGAAUGUAAGAAGAGGAAUUGUUGCUUUGACUCCAGCAUUCCAGGGGUUAACUGGUGUUUCUUCUCCAAGUCACAAGAUAAACAGCAAUGUAGUGUGGACAUUACAGAGCAUGAAGAUUGCGGAUUUCCUGGGAUAAGUGCUAAGGAAUGCUAUUCCAGAGGCUGCUGCUUUAAUUCAAGUGUUCCCGGGGUUAAAUGGUGUUUUUACCCCAACAGCACAGAUAAACAGCAAUGUAGUGUGGACAUCACAGAGCGUGAAGAUUGUGGAUUUCCUGGGAUAAGUGAUGAGGAAUGCUAUUCCAGAGGCUGCUGCUUUAAUUCAAGUGUUCCCGGGGUUAAAUGGUGUUUUUACCCCAAACGCACAGCAAGUGACAAACAAUGUAACGUGGAACUGUACAGCAGAAGGGAUUGUGGCUACCCCACAAUAAGUGCUGCAGAAUGUAAGGAGAGGAAUUGUUGCUUCGACUCCAGCAUUCCUGGGGUUAACUGGUGUUUCUUCUCCAAGUCACAAGAUAAAAGGCAAUGUAGUGUGGACACCACAGAGCGUGAAGAUUGCGGAUUUCCCGGGAUAAGUGCUAAGGAAUGCUAUUCCAGAGGCUGCUGCUUUAAUUCAAGUGUUCUUGGUGAUAAAUGGUGUUUUUACACCAAAAGCACAGGUAAACGGCAAUGUAGUGUGGACAUCACAGAGCGUGAAGAUUGCGGUUUUCCUGGGAUAAGUGCUAAGGAAUGCUAUUCCAGAGGCUGCUGCUUUAAUUCAAGUGUUCCCGGGGUUAAAUGGUGUUUUUACCCCAAAAGCACAGCAAGUGACAGACAAUGUAACGUGGAACCGUACAGCAGAAGGGAUUGUGGCUACCCCACAAUAAGUGCUGCAGAAUGUAAGGAGAGGAAUUGUUGCUUUGACUCCAGCAUUCCUGGGGUUAACUGGUGUUUCUUCUCCAAGUCACAAGAUAAACGGCAAUGUAGUGUGGACAUCAAAGAGCGUGAAGAUUGCGGAUUUCCCGGGAUAAGUGCUAAGGAAUGCUAUUCCAGAGGCUGCUGCUUUAAUUCAAGUGUUCCCGGGGUUAAAUGGUGUUUUUACCCCAAAAGCACAGCAAGUGACAAACAAUGUAACGUGGAACCGUACAGCAGAAGGGAUUGCGGCUACCCCACAAUAAGUGCUGCAGAAUGUAAGGAGAGGAAUUGUUGCUUCGACUCCAGCAUUCCUGGGGUUAACUGGUGUUUCUUCUCCAAGUCACAAGAUAAACAGCAAUGUAGUGUGGACAUCACAGAGCGUGAAGAUUGUGGAUUUCCUGGGAUAAGUGCUAAGGAAUGCUAUUCCAGAGGCUGCUGCUUUAAUUCAAGUGUUCCCGGGGUUAAAUGGUGUUUUUACCCCAAAAGCACAGAUAAACGGCAAUGUAGUGUGGACAUCACAGAGCGUGAAGAUUGCGGAUUUCCCGGGAUAAGUGAUAAGGAAUGCUAUUCCAGAGGCUGCUGCUUUAAUGAAAGUGUUCCCGGGGUUAAAUGGUGUUUUUACCCCAAAAGCACAGGAAGUGACAAACAAUGUAACGUGGAACCGUACAGCAGAAGGGAUUGCGGCUACCCCACAAUAAGUGCUGCAGAAUGUAAGGAGAGGAAUUGUUGCUUCGACUCCAGCAUUCCCGGGGUUAACUGGUGUUUCUUCUCCAAGUCACAAGAUAAACCGCAAUGUAGUGUGGACAUCACAGAGCGUGAAGAUUGCGGUUAUCCCGGGAUAAGUGCUAAGGAAUGCUAUUCCAGAGGCUGCUGCUUCAAUUCAAGUGUUCUUGGUGAUAAAUGGUGUUUUUACCCCAAAAGCACAGGUAAACGGCAAUGUAGUGUGGAUACCGAAGACCGUGACGAUUGUGGUUAUCCCGGGAUAAGCGCUGACGAAUGCCAUUUCAGAGGCUGCUGCUUUAAUUCAAGUGUUCCCGGGGUUAAAUGGUGUUUUUACCCCAACAACAUAGCAAUUGACAAUCACUGUAACGUAGAACCGUACAACAGAAGGGAUUGCGGCUACCCCACAAUAAGUGCUGCAGAAUGUAAGAGGAGGAAUUGUUGCUUUGACUCCAGCAUUCCUGGGGUUAACUGGUGUUUCUUCUCCAAGUCACAAGAUAAACAGCAAUGUAGUGUGGACAUCACAGAGCGUGAAGAUUGCGGAUUUCCCGGGAUAAGCGCUAAGGAAUGCUAUUCCAGAGGCUGCUGCUUUAAUUCAAGUGUUCCUGGGGUUAAAUGGUGUUUUUACCCCAAAAGCACAGAUAAACAGCAAUGUAGUGUGGACAUCACAGAGCGUGAAGAUUGCGGAUUUCCCGGGAUAAGUUCUAAGGAAUGCUAUUCCAGAGGCUGCUGCUUUAAUUCAAGUGUUCCAGGGGUUAAAUGGUGUUUUAACCCCAAAAGCACAGAUAAACCGCAAUGUAGUGUGGACAUCACAGAGCGUGAAGAUUGUGGAUUUCCUGGGAUAAGUGUUAAGGAAUGCUAUUCCAGAGGCUGCUGCUUUAAUUCAAGUGUUCCUGGGGUUAAAUGGUGUUUUUACCCCAACAGCACAGCAAGUGACAAACAAUGUAACGUGGAACCGUACAGCAGAAGGGAUUGCGGCUACCCCACAAUAAGUACUGCAGAAUGUAAGGAGAGGAAUUGUUGCUUUGACUCCAGCAUUCCAGGGGUUAACUGGUGUUUCUUCUCCAAGUCACAAGAUGAACAGCAAUGUAGUGUGGACAUCAAAGAGCGUGAAGAUUGCGGAUUUCCUGGGAUAAGCGCUAAGGAAUGCUAUUCCAGAGGCUGCUGCUUUAAUUCAAGUGUUCCCGGGGUUAAAUGGUGUUUUUACCCCAAUAUCACAGCAAGUGACAAACAAUGUAACGUGGAACCGUACAGCAGAAGGGAUUGCGGCUACCCCACAAUAAGUGCUGCAGAAUGUAAGGAGAGGAAUUGUUGCUUUGACUCCAGCAUUCCUGGGGUUAACUGGUGUUUCUUCUCCAAGUCACAAGAUAAACAGCAAUGUAGUGUGGACAUCACAGAGCGUGAAGAUUGCGGUUAUCCCGGGAUAAGCGCUAAGGAAUGCUAUUCCAGAGGCUGCUGCUUUAAUUCAAGUGUUCCCGGGGUUAAAUGGUGUUUUUACCCCAAAGACACAGAUAAACAGCAAUGUAGUGUGGACAUCACAGAGCGUGAAGAUUGUGGAUUUCCCGGGAUAAGCGCUAAGGAAUGCUAUUCUAGAGGCUGCUGCUUUAAUUCAAGUGUUCCAGGAGUUAAAUGGUGUUUUUACCCCAAAAGUACAGAUAAACGGCAAUGCAGUGUGGACAUCAAAGACCGUGAAGAUUGUGGUUAUCCCGGGAUAAGCGUUAACGAAUGCUAUUCCAGAGGCUGCUGCUUUAAUUCAAGUGUUCCUGGGGUUAAAUGGUGUUUUUACCCCAAUAGCAUAGCUUUUGACAGACACUGCAACGUAGAACCAUACAACAGAAGGGAUUGUGGCUACCCCACAAUAAGUGCGGCAGAAUGUAAGGAGAGGAAUUGUUGCUUUGACUCCAGCAUUCCAGGUGUUAACUGGUGUUUCUUCAAGUCACAAGAUAAACAGCAAUGUAGUGUGGACAUCACAGAGCGUGAAGAUUGCGGAUUUCCUGGGAUAAGCUCUACAGAAUGCUAUUCCAGAGGCUGCUGCUUUAAUUCAAGUGUUGCAGGGGUUAAAUGGUGUUUUUACCCCAAAAGCACAGAUAAACCGCAAUGUAGUGUGGACAUCACAGAGCGUGAAGAUUGUGGAUUUCCCGGGAUAAGUGCUAAGGAAUGCUAUUCCAGAGGCUGCUGCUUUAAUUCAAGUGUUCCUGAGGUUAAAUGGUGUUUUUACCCCAAAAGCACAGCAAGUGACAAACAAUGUAACGUGGAACCGUACAGCAGAAGGGAUUGCGGCUACCCCACAAUAAGUGCUGCAGAAUGUGAGGAGAGGAAUUGUUGCUUUGACUCCAGCAUUCCCGGGGUUAACUGGUGUUUCUUCUCCAAGUCACAAGAUAAACAGCAAUGUAGUGUGGACAUCACAGAGCGUGAAGAUUGCGGUUAUCCCGGGAUAAGCGCUAAGGAAUGCUAUUCCAGAGGCUGCUGCUUUAAUUCAAGUGUUCCCGGGGUUAAAUGGUGCUUUUACCCCAAAACCACAGAUGAACAGCAAUGUAGUGUGGACAUCACAGAGCGUGAAGAUUGCGGAUUUCCUGGGAUAAGUGCUAAGGAAUGCUAUUCCAGAGGCUGCUGCUUUAAUUCAAGUGUUCCCGGGGUUAAAUGGUGUUUUUACCCCAAUAUCACAGCAAGUGACAAACAAUGUAACGUGGAACCGUACAGCAGAAGGGAUUGCGGCUACCCCACAAUAAGUGCCGCAGAAUGUAAGAAGAGGAAUUGUUGCUUUGACUCCAGCAUUCCUGGGGUUAACUGGUGUUUCUACUCCAAGUCACAAGAUAAACAGCAAUGUAGUGUGGACAUCACAGAGCGUGAAGAUUGUGGAUUUCCUGGGAUAAGUGAUAAGGAAUGCUAUUCCAGAGGCUGCUGCUUUAAUUCAAGUGUUCCCGGGGUUAAAUGGUGUUUUUACCCCAAAAGUACAGAUAAACAGCAAUGUAGUGUGGACAUCACAGAGCGUGAAGAUUGUGGAUUUCCUGGGAUAAGUGAUGAGGAAUGCUAUUCCAGAGGCUGCUGCUUUAAUUCAAGUGUUCCCGGGGUUAAAUGGUGUUUUUACCCCAAUAUCACAGAUAAACAGCAAUGUAGUGUGGACAUCACAGAGCGUGAAGAUUGCGGUUAUCCCGGGAUAAGUGCUAAGGAAUGCUAUUCCAGAGGCUGCUGCUUUAAUUCAAGUGUUCCCGGGGAUAAAUGGUGUUUUUACCCCAAAGACACAGCUAUUGACAGACACUGCAACGUAGAACCAUACAACAGAAGGGAUUGCGGCUACCCCACAAUAAGUGCGGCAGAAUGUAAGGAGAGAAAUUGUUGCUUUGACUCCAGCAUUCCAGGUGUUAACUGGUGUUUCUUCAAGUCACAAGAUAAACAGCAAUGUAGUGUGGACAUCACAGAGCGUGAAGAUUGUGGAUUUCCCGGGAUAAGUGAUGAGGAAUGCUAUUCCAGAGGCUGCUGCUUUAAUUCAAGUUUACCUGGGGUUAAAUGGUGUUUUUACCCCAAAAGCACAGAUAAACCGCAACGUAGUGUGGACAUCACAGAGCGUGAAGAUUGCGGAUUUCCUGGGAUAAGUGCUAAGGAAUGCUGUUCCAGAGGCUGCUGCUUUAAUUCAAGUGUUCCUGAGGUUAAAUGGUGUUUUUACCCCAAAAGCACAGAUAAACAGCAAUGUAGUGUGGACAUCACAGAGCGUGAAGAUUGUGGUUAUCCCGGGAUAAGCGAUAAAGAAUGCUAUUCCAGAGGCUGCUGCUUUAAUUCAAGUGUUCCUGGGGAUAAAUGGUGUUUUUACCCCAAAAGCACAGAGAAACGGCAAUGCAGUGUGGACAUCACAGAGCGUGAAGAUUGUGGUUAUCCUGGGAUAAGUGAUGAGGAAUGCUAUUCCAGAGGCUGCUGCUUUAAUUCAAGUGUUCCCGGGGUUAAAUGGUGUUUUUACCCCAAAAGCACAGGUGGGCAUGCUGGAGUGGUCAGUAAUGUAAUACCUGUUUCUGAAGCUAGCGCCAGUGACUCAUCUCCAGUGCCUCCUCCUACAACAAGCGAAGGUUCAAGACAAGAAGACAUGGAGACCGUUCCGGUGGAAGGGGUGGAUUCCAUUCUGGCAACUGCACAGUUGCCCGACGCAUCUGGAACUGCCGGCCCUUCAGGAUCUGGAUGCUCUGUGAGCCCCAAGCUGAGGAAAGACUGCGGAUAUCCCAACAUCAGCUCCAAGGACUGUCUGGCUAGAGGCUGCUGUUUUGACUCCAGUAUUCCUGAGACCAUCUGGUGCUUCUAUGGAUAUAAAUAAAAUACUAACGGUAAUGCACAUAAUGUGUCACCCAUUAGACAGUCACAAUCUGUUUAAACUAAUAGUUUGAGUUCUUGUGUAUUAUAAUCGAGUUGUAUUAAAAAUAGAAUUGUAUAUUAUCUUAUAUAAUUCAUAUGAUUGACUCCACCAGUAAGCCCAAUCAACAACGCAAAGUGCAACAUUCAUAUGAAGGCACUACAUGGCUGUAACAUCAUUCACUAUCCCUUAUACCCCAUAGAGGUGCGUUAGAAACUAGCAAUGAUGGUCUGCUAAAAAAUACGGUGAUGUGCGCAGCCAAACUUUGUGCUAAAUUUUUCAUGCAGUGCUACAUACAGUUUAGAUAAAGCCUUGGAAAAGGGGGCUGCAUUUACCUGACUACUGUAUGUAUAACAUUACACAGACAUGUUUCCUAUUGUAUAUUUACAAUAUAGCAAAACCAUUCUUCCCAGAUUUGUCUACGCCCCCCCCCCCUCCUGUACUCGGCCCAUUGCGAGUUCACUGUAGCUCUGUAGUUCUACACAUCUUAGACAGUGUAAUUUCUGAGGGUAAAGCUUGUCCUAUAACCGGCUCGUAACAAUUGCCGGUGUCUCCGUACAGACAGCAUCCUGGUUCUGUGUGCUUUUUUUCUGAUCUGUAAAUGUGAUUUAGGUUUAGAAUAAAAAUUGUGAUCAUUUCUAUAAGUGUUACAGCAUUAUAUGUAAUAUCCAUGUUUUGUAGUCGUACUGUAUAUGUGGAUUUUCUUUCAAUACAUCGAUUCCCAACAUACUUCACUCCACAUAUCACAUUUGUAUAAUCAAAUAUAUAAACAAGUCCUUAAUGCA